UCUCUGAUGUGUCACAGGCGCUUGCUUCAGAGGACGUUUAUGCGCUUUGGUUGUUGAAAUCUGGAUUCAAUUUAUGUCUGAAUUACCUUUGAUCAUGGAGGACUUUGUGUCAUGGCGUCUGCUGCUGCUGCUGUGUCUCCUGCAGUGGGAUCAGUGCGCCGGUCAGCGUGUGGUCCAGAUCCAGGAUGGUCCCCUGUACAGAGUGGAAGGAUUUCCCAUCUCCAUCUCCUGUAGUGUUAGUGGGUUUAAAGGCCCGGAUGAGCAGGACUUCGAAUUUGGUGUCAGAAAAAAAAACGUUGAAUUCAAUAUCAUCAGUACUAAAGAGCCAGACUUUGCCUUUGCGAAGUUCUCCAACAGGGUGAAGCAAAAAGACAUUGAAAUCGUGAGGCUGACGGGGUCUUCAGCUAAACUGAGGAUCAGAAAUGUGGCGAUGAACGAUGCGGGACAAAUCUUCUGUCACACCCCAAGUACAGAUACCAUCCUGCACGGACUAUAUGAAGCAGAAACAACACUUAACGUGGUACCGGACACCCUGAAGGCUAUAUAUUCUGGUUCUCCCUCUCAGAGCAUGUCUGAAGGUGAUCCUCUUCAGCUUGAGUGCCAGGUCUACAGCGAGACUUUUCAACACACCCAUCUGUCGGUCACCUGGUACGUCCAUAGUGGAGAAGAUGAGGACCCCCGACCAAUCAUUACUCUGGACAGAGAUCUUACUGUAAAGCCAGGAGGUGGAUUUGAGGAUCGCUACCAUGCAGGUCUGAUCAGCAUGGAUAAAGUGGAGGACGCAACAUACAGACUGAAGAUGCCUCAAGUGCAGCAGUCAGACCAGGGGAAGUUCUACUGUUAUGUAGUUCAGUGGAUUCAAGACCCAGACCGUAACUGGACAGAGAUUGCACACAAAACCUCCACAGCAUGUAAUGUGGAGAUCAAACCUAUCGUGGCCACUGAUGUAGGUUCCUUCAGUGUUUAUAUGAAGGCCUCAAAAGGGCCCCAACAAGAUGGAGAUGCACUAGACAUCCGUUGCAGUGUGAAAGCACAGAAUCUUCCUGGCUAUUUCUAUUCUGUGACGUGGAUGAAGAACGAGAAGAACGUGGCCCAGAUUGGAUCUUCUGGGAUGCUCACCGUAUUUGAUAGUUAUAAAGAUAGGGAGAAUGCAGCAGAGAUGAGAGCAGUGAAAACAAGUUUAACAGACUACAUGCUGACCAUCCAUUCAGCUCGGACUGAAGAUCAGGGCCAAUACCAGUGUGAAGUAUGGCAGGAAAGCAUGAAUGAAGACGGCACCUUCAAAAGAGUGCAAAAACAACUGUCCAACCCUGAGACUGUGAGCAUCACGACUAAAGAGAGUGAUCUGGCUGUGGUCAUGAUGAUGAAGGAUGCAGUGACUGAAGGAGAUGCUCUACAGGUCACCUGCUCUGUGUCGGGGUUCAAAGGUUCUUUAUCAGUAUCAUGGCAGCACAAGAAAGACUCUGUGGACUCCUUCAGUGACGUCACUAGUCUGACCCAUGAGGGAGUGAUGAAAGAUACUGGGACGAGGUACCAGAGUCGCCAUGUUCAAACUCUCCAUUCUCCAGCUGGAAACUUUACCCUGGAGAUUGGUGAAGCUGGAUUAUCUGACAGUGGUGAAUACAGGUGCCUUGUGUCUGAAUGGACCAUACAGAGCAAUGGAGAGAUGAAGAAAACCCACACCCAGUCUCAGCAAAGUAAAGUCACAGUGCGUUCAGUUGAAUCUCUAAUGAAGGUGACCUUGAAAAGUCGCAAAACAACCGUGCCUAUAGACUCUCCAGUUGAAUUACUAUGUAUAGUUGUAGGACCUGACGUUUCUUUGGCUGUACGCUGGAUGUUUCGAUCUCUCAAUUCAACUGCACAGAAGAAUAUUUUAACAAUACACAACGCUGGAGAAAUUACCUGGUUAACAGAUCAGAGAAAUUAUCAGCUGUCAGUUCAAGCACAGCUUUCCAGCACAAUGUUCAUUCUAAUAAUGCCAAGAGCCAGCAAGCAGCAAGAAGGACAGUACCAGUGCCAAGUUGAUGCCUAUCAAAGAGGUAGACAGAAAGCCAUGAAGAACUCCAACCUGCUAGCAGUGACUAUACAAAAACCUGACAGCAAACUGAGACUGUCGACACUCAAGUCUCGCCAGGAAACCACUGCCAACACUGAUGCUAAGAUUGAAUGCUCCAUCCUGAACACAACCACAAACUCCUCUCGUUUCACAAUAACUUGGAUGAUUGGGUUUCAGAUGCUCUUAAAUAUGGACCUAAAUGCUGUUGUCAAGUACGGUCCAGCAGCUGGGGUAGAAAUGGACCAGAGAAUCCGCAUGACAGUAAGACAGAAACACACUUUUCAGCUGACUGUGCAUCAGACCAGAACCACUGACAGUGGCCAGUACCUCUGUGAGGUGGAAGAGUGGCUUCAGGAUCCUCUUGGUGACUGGUAUUCCCUGAAGAAAUUGUCUGCUUCCACAGAGCUUGCUGUCAAAGAGAAAGCCAGUGAUUUCAGAAUGAACAAAGCUGACACUGAGCUGAAUGUUAAAGAGGGAGAGCCGCUGACGUUGAAUUGCUCAGUGGAUGGUACUGGCUCUGAAUCCACACUUCGCUACUCCCUUACCUGGUUCUUCACUCAAGAUCAGUCCGCCAGUGUGACACUUCUGACUUACUUUUAUGAUGGUCGGCUGAUAUACAGCAGCUAUGACCCAGAGCUUGCAGGACGACUCCAUUUCUUCAGUCCAGCAGUGGGUAUCUUCCAAUUGACCAUCCAUAGAGCCAUUCAGACAGACAGGGGGCGCUACCACUGCCAAGCUCAACAGUACCAGGUGGACUGUAAAGGCCAUUGGUUAGCUAAGGCAAGCGAUAAGUCCGGUUACACCAAUGUUGGUGUACAGCUUAUAGAGAACAAACUGAGUGUGCGCAAAGAGAACCAAAGCCGCAGUAUUACUAAUCUGCAAGUGGGAUUUACCGUUGACUGCAUCGUUGACUCACGGUCCAGUGAUGCAUCUGUGUUUGAGGUGACUUGGUCUAAAGGUCUGGAAAAUGAGCGCCCCAUCAUCAUCUUCAAUGCCAGUCGUGAUGGGACUUUACACAGUGCAAUCAAUGAUAAAGAUCUGGUCUUCAAACGCCCAGGUGCUAAGCAAUACAUGCUGACCGUGCCAAACAUCAACCUCGCUGAUUCUGGCCUUUACCAUUGUCAAGUUGUAGAGUGGAUUCAGACAGCUGCAAACAAGUGGAGAAGGAUAGGCGAAGACAAGUCCGGGCAGCUAUCAAUCCAAGUGAAGACUGAGGAAAGCCAAAAAAAGGAGAACUUUACCAUGGACGAAACUGAAAAGAGCAUUACCAUCAAGCAGGGAGAGAAGUUUGAACUGGAAUGCACUCUGAAUGUGAAAAAUGAGGAUCCCUCUUAUCACUAUAAUCUCAGAUGGAUCUUCAAUAGCCCAGACUCAUCAAGCGGGAUUGUGUUAUUGGCUUAUUCUUUUAAUGGUCGUCUUCAGUAUGUGACAGAGAACCAGCAACUUAAGGACAGAUUACGCUUCUCCAGACCUACCACCGAUACGUUUCAUCUGACUGUGCUAAAUGCAGGUAUAGCUGAUACUGGAAGCUAUCAAUGUAGAGUUGAGAUGGUCCAGCUUGACUGUGAGGGCCAAUGGACACAAACAGCAAAAAGCCAGUCAGGAUCAACCACCAUCACAGUUCACAGUAUCGAAAGUAAUCUGCAUGUGCAGAAGGAGAACCAAACCCUCAACAUUACUGAUCUUCAGGCUGGGUUCACCACUGAUUGCGUUAUUGCCUCACAGUCCAGUGAUAAAUCUGUCUUUGAGGUAACAUGGUUUAAAGCUGAAGAAGGAGGAACCCAUGUUAUAUUCACUGCCAAGCAUGAUGGUACUUUACGUAGUGCUCUUCAUGAUAAAUCUCUGGUGUUUGGACGACCAGAUGCCACACACUAUAAACUGACUGUGCCACAGAUCGACCCCACUGAUAAGGGGAAAUACUACUGUCAGGUAGAAGAGUGGCUUCACACUGAUAACGCCUGGAAGAAACUGGCUUCAGAUCGCUCUGGAGUGCUCUCUGUCCACGUUCACACUCAAGGUGAUCCUGAAAAGCAGUCAGCAGAUCCGUUAGGAGUAACAAUGGGAAUCACCAUUCCUCUGAUCUGUUUUCUUGUGUUGGUCAUAAUACUGUUGUUGAGACGAGAGCACAAGAGAAACUGUGAGCUGAAGAAAAAGAAGGACUGUCUGUGGGCUGAAAACAACCCUCUUUCCCCUGCGCCGGGAGACAACUCAUGUGCAGACAAUCACUCCUAGCCUCUCCGCCACGGCAUUGUGAAAGAUUUUUACUAAGAGUUAUCAACUUCGGAUGUGUCUACAUGACUCUGACUACAUAUACAUGGAUAUCAGUAAUCAAUAUAUUGACCUUAAUCUGAAUCAGGCAAUAAGAUGAUUAAGAUGUUUACAUGAGUUGCUUUUAGAAUGUUCCUAUCAUGAUCCUGUUUUACAUGGUUUAGCACGUAGGUUUUACUUUCAUUCAGCAAAAUUUCCCCUGAGACAAACUCUGAGGUGCUGGAUGAGAGUAUGGAGUAAGGCCUGAUAGGAGAGAGUUUAAGUUAAAGGGAUUUUAUUCUGCACACCAAAUGGAAAGAAAACUUCUGCAUUUCUAAAGUUGAAUUUAAAAGUUGUGUUUAGUGAUUGGAGAUGUGUGUCUGUGGUCCUGAUCUGACUUAAUAACUUCGGGGAAUACAGUGUCAAACAGGUAAAAACUCCUCCAUGACUGUAAUAGUUUGAUUACGGUGGUAAAAUCUGUACUGCACUUCAAUAAUGCCAUUAAAAUGGGAAUACUCCACAUGUCUUAAUUCAGUUUGUGUUUACCACGAUUAAAACUUUAGUUGGAUUAAGGUAACCAGUAAUCUCUGUUUACCCUACUGAAAAAAAACAGCUUAAACCAGCCUAGGCUGGUUAGCAUGUUUUAGCUGGUCAACCAGGGUGGUUUUAAAAGGGUUUUGGCCACUUCCAGGCUGGUUUCCAGCCAUUUCCAACCUGGUCUUAGCUGGUCAGGCUGGUCAUUUUCCACCCUGACCAA